GCGUUACGUACAGGAAAAAGUCGGUACGAUAAAAGCUGGGAAGACAACAACUAACUAAAACUACCACGUAGAGACCUUUUUUAAAGGAAAAAAACGUUCUGUUUGUAAAUAUAAGAGCAGUUUACAUUGGAACAUACGACAAUUAACAAAUUUCUAUAAAAGCUACUGUUUCAGGACCUGUUACCAACUUCUUCAUUCAGCUUUCAUAAAUUGUGUAUUAUUUUUUCAAACUUUGUUUCAAUUGAUUUUCACUUUUGUAUUGAAAAAACUUGGGAUAAUAAAACAACUGUUCUUCAAUCAAAGUUUUUUUCACUGAAAGGCAAGUGAAAUUUCUGGAUUACAUUCAUACGUAGAGCAGUCACACUUUGGAUUUCUAGUUAAAUGUGUGCGAAUUAUCUUUUACAAGAUAAGCCUUGAGCGGACGUUUGUUUUCAUUUUGUUUUGCUUACAUUUCCUGAUUUUUCUUGUGUUCAGAUGCCUUGCUUAGAAGCAGAUAUAAUGUCAAACAAUGAGCUUGGAGAUUAUUGCACUCCAGAUCGACUCAGAGACGAGAUCAGCAAAAAUGCUAAAAAUGUAAUCAUCAUAGACUGCAGGCCCCAGUCUGAAUUCGCUCGGGCCCAUGUCCGAGGGUCCAUCAACAUAACGUUACCCACACUUAUGCUCAAACGGUUGAAGAGAGGAAAUUUAAACGUCUCCUCAAUUAUUCAAAACAACGAAGCCAAAGAGCGGUUCUCAAAGUAUUCUAAAACUGCCUCAAUAAUCUUGUACGACGACUGUUCAACAGAGCUGAACGCCAACCCAUCUUCGGUGAUAAAUUUACUUGUAAAAAAGUUGCGGCAGGAUGGAUGCCGGUCAUCGUUUCUUCUUGGGGGAUUCUCAACUUUUGAAGAAAGGUUCCCUGAGUACUGUCAGAAAGACCACGAGAGCAGUAUACUAGGACUCUGCAACCUAAGGAUAUCAGAGGAGCCAAGUUUUGGUGACAAUGACACCCUGUCCACAGGCAGCACAGCCAGCCCCAUAUCCUGCCCGUACCCUGUCCAGGUGCUACCCUACCUGUACCUGGGCAGCGCCAAGAAUUCAGCCGACCUGUCGCAGUUGAAGAAAUACGGGAUCACCUAUGUGUUAAAUGUGACCACAAAUGUACCCAACAUGUUCGAAAAUGAAAAAAACUUUAAGUACCUGCAGAUACCAAUCUCCGACCACUGGUCACAGAACCUGUCCUCGUUUUUUCCUGAAGCAAUUCGAUUUAUUGAUGAAGCUAGAGACAAUCAGAAAGGCAUUCUUGUCCACUGCCUAGCUGGUAUCAGCCGGUCGGUCACCGUCACAGUGGCCUAUCUAAUGAGCCGAGAGAACAUGAGCCUGAACCAGGCCUAUGACCACGUCAAGAUGUGCAAGCCCAACAUCUCCCCCAACUUCACCUUCAUGGGCCAGCUGCUGGACUUUGAAAAGGACCUCCACGGAGAGAAGGGGGUUGACUCUGGGGACGAAAGUCUUCCCAGCGACUCGGAGAAACUGAGCCCCACCAGUAGUAACUGCAGCCCGAUUUGAUAUUUUGUAACUCGUUAAGUUAGUUAAUUAAAGCAAUUUUUUUAUAAGGUUAAUUGGUAGUGUGGUUGUUAUGUUCGUUAGCUUGUCUGCUUGUUCUUAGGUUUUUCUACAUAAGAUUUGAAUCUGAUUAGUAAUAUUCAGAUGUUCUUUCAAAAUAUAUUAACUGCAGCAUCAGUUUUUUCUAUUUACAGUUGUUGACAAUUUUUUACCACACUACUAUGUAGAAUAUUAAAAAAAAAUCCUUCAGUUCAAUAUAUCUGGUUGUAAUGUCAAAGAAUGUAUUUUGUACAUAGAUAUAUAGAUAUUAAAUAUAUAUAUAAUAUAUAUAUAAUAGCAUUGAGCUGUUGAAAUCAAAAGAUAGCCUGUUUUAACUGAACUCUGUGAUUUUGAAAAUUUGUUUAACAUUGAGAAAUCUGGCAAAUUUAUUCUCUAACUAAACUGUUUUUUUUUAAUAACUAUUCCUGUCAAUGUAAAAUGAAAACAUUUUUUUGUGUGUUGAGUAUAUCCUCUGGCAGUGAAAUAGUAUGAGUUGUUUCAACACGUUGUUAUUUUGCUGACUGCGCUGUCCUGAACAGGAUACUGUUGAUGUUCAAAUUUUUACACAUGUUGACCUGUUCAGCAUCUAAUGAAAAUUAUGUGGGCUUCCUCUUCUAGUGUCGUGCCUGACCUUACGAGUGAUAGUUUGUUUUAUAAAAAAUUUUUGUUUGUUAACGUAGGUUUGUUCAUACUGAAAUAGUUGUUAAUGUAAAAAAAAACUAAAAAUCCUUUUCCGCCAUUUAAAGUGUCCAAAUGAAUUACCAUGAUACGGCUACACGUUGUAGAUCCGAUUUGUUUACUGGUAAAAAAUAUGACAGCCGUUGUCUUGUUCAGACAACAGAGCUCAGCCUUUACUAUGGGCUUGUCUUUUGCCAGACAGCCUUGGGAAGUGUACGUACAAUUUGUAUGUAUGUAAAGUUUGUUGUACAUAAGUAACAGCAUAACUAAAGUUCUCCGCGGACUUAGGACUGUUAGUCUUUCAAGUUUUCAAAAAGUUGUAUUUUUAGUUGUAAGUUGUUUUUUUUUUCUACCUGUUCAUUUUAAUUAGUUCCACCUUCAGAUGGCAGCAGGUUUUAAUUACAUGUCAUUAAUUAAUUAUAUUUAGGAUUUUAAAAUAAUUUGAAUGAAUACGAAAUAGCUAAUGUCUUGAUUCAUUGUCAUGCCUAUAAUAAUAGAUUCAAGGUAGUAAUAUAGAACGGGGGGGGGGGGUAAUAGAAUGAAUCAUAUGGGACCAUUAAGCUUGAAGAAGCUAAUUAAAAAUAUAAAUUAAUAGGAGUUAAGGGAAUACCUGAUAAUCUGUAUACUUAAUUGAUCUGUUUACGGUUUAGUACUAGUAAAAUUAAUUCGGCUAGUAAUAUAGAGAAUAGCUUUAAACCUAAAAACAAUUCAAAAUUAAUGGCACAAUUUUAACACUUUGAUUUAUGGAGUGCCAUUGAUAUAAAAUAACUUGCAUUUUUAAAAAAAUAUCUUGUUUAUAUAUUGUUAUUGAACUACCAUUACUAUAUAUAAUAUAUUUCAACUAAAUCUGUGAUUAUAUUGCCUUGUGGUACAAAGCUAACAAAUGACUGUUAGUUUGACGUUUAUGCUUAAAACUUACAGUUGUCUAAUUUGAUAGAAAUGUGGUGAAAUUUGGUCAAAUCUUCCCUGGCAUAAGUACCCCUGUUGUCACGACAGUUUGCUUCGGUAUUUGACAGAAAUUCGCCAACAUUUUGUACAUAGUAUGGACUAAAUAAUGUCGUUACCCAAAUUUAGGUCAUUAAGCUAAUGUAUAUUUACAUCGCACCCACUGCCAAUAUUGUUAUGCGCUGGUUAGGAGUUUGCGCACUGGUAUUGAGAACAUUUUUAUCACAAAGCCUCCUUAGACUGUGAGUUUUAAAUAAAUUUGAUCAUUUGUAUAGUUAUUUUCACUAGAGUUUUAAUAGUAUCAGAGAUCCUCUGUGUGAUUGGUCUAUUGGAAUAAAAAAAAAAUCAAUAAGUUUUAAAGAAAUAAAAGAGAAAUUUUUUUUUUAACUGUUUGACCACCUGUUACAGUUAGUGCUAUCUGUCAGCACACCUGUGGAUCCCAGGCUCUUCCGAUGAGUUCUAGUCACCUGGAGACAGCUGCCUUACUCUUUUGUAGUUUGGUUUCCAUGGCAACAUUAUGAUUUUUUUUUAAAAAAUUUUUGAAAUUUUUCUAUCCAAUUUUGUAUUUUUAAUUUAGUUUAUCAAGUGUAUGUUUGCUGUAGUAAAAAGUUAGCUUUUUAGAAAUUAGCUUCAUUGUUCAUUUAGCACAUUUUAAAUUGAUUUCUUAUCUAAUUUUUCUUCAUGUAGUUACACUGUUAGAUUUUCAUUUUUUUAUUUUUUUUUUCAUUUUUAUUAGUCUAAAGUAGUUCAUAAUCAAAACCUAGCCUCUUUAAAGUAAUUGUUGAAAGCUACAUAGAAAAUUGUACGGAUAGUGACAUGGGAAAAAAAAUCUGUACGAAAAACAUCCAUAAUAGUUUUUGGAUACCUGAACACGAUUCAUAUAUUUGAUAUAUUCCUAUCUUACACCAAAGUGGCUUUGGAUAACUAUUUUGUUGUUAAUAAAUUUGAUGGGCUUCCAUAGUAAUUAAACCACCAUGGUAGAUGAAUGACAACUAUUUUUUUUUCUUAAAUGCUUCCAAA